GAUAAAGACAAGAGAAUUUACAACAAGGAGGAUGUUGAAAAAAUGAUUAAAGAUUUGAAUGAACAUAUAGAAGAAAAAGAUUUUGUUAACCCAUUUAUGAGAGAAGAUCCACAAGCGUCAUCGAGUGCUCUAAAGCCUCUUGGACGUGAAAAGGCAAGAAGCUGGAGUUUUAGGGAACAAAUGAAGAGCAGGUUGGAUAUGCCAACGUUUGCGAGAAGUGCUACUACUACAGGAGGUAGAAAGAAAGGGGGAACUAUUCAUCUUGGAGGAAAUUGA